AUGCAUCGCGCGUUGCUCAUCACCGAGAUCCUUGAGCACAUAUUCGCAUGCUUGAACGAAGGCUUCGACAGGUUGGAGGGCGCCAAGAAUGGUGGCACCCUGUCUGCACUAGCGAGAACUUGCCGGGCAUUCAACGAGUCGGCACUGGACGCGCUCUGGGAAAACGUCGCCAGUCUCGAUGCUUUCGUCAAGUGUCUUCCAUCGAACGCAUGGAAGAUCAACGAUGACCCGUUUAUUGCCAUUGAAACAGAUGUGCCUCAGUCAAAGAGCACGGUGACUUAUACACGUCCUCUUACUCCAGAGGACUGGGAGAUCAUUAAGAAAAACGCUCCUCGCGUCCGCCGCUUCUACCAUAUAUCGAACGGCUGGGAUUCCUCAGACAUCCUCUGGGAGCUCGGUCUCGCCCCAAGAGACAUGCACCCUCUACUACCGAGCCUGAAGCACCUGGAAUGGCAAAUAAGAUCUGACGGCGAUCGAUCUCACAUCCGCAUGUUCCUUUCUCCCAGCCUAGAGUCGCUGCGCUACGAAGCCCAUCCACGCUGGGGCAAGAAACGCGACGCGUCGAUCCUCGCCAACAUCGGGAUCUGGUGUCCACGUCUCAAGAUCGCGCACAUCGGCUUUGGGUCGAACGUCAAGGGCGGUACUGCGGCCUUUUCACGAUCUGUCGUCUGCUGGAACCACCUGACCUCGCUGCGUUGCUCGGAACUGACGGACGAGGCCCUGCUUCACAUCGCACGCUUGCCAACUCUCCAAGACUUGUGUGUCGGGCUGACCACGGACAACGCAUUUGCCGACAUCAGGUCUCGGCUGACCACUGCCCCGUUCCCCAGUUUGACGCACGUCGAGGUCUGCUCAGUCAACUUCGCCGCGUUCAUCGCGUUCGCGACAGAAAUGAGCCUAUCACUCGUCGACGUGACACUCCUAGCUUCGGACAACCUCUGCUCACAAGCUAUGGAGGAAGUAUUCAGGGUCCUCGCGAACGGAAACCGCCAAAUGACCAGAAUACGCAUACUCGAGCACGGCGGCGAGGUCCCCAUACCAAAGGACUACGACUUCGAGAUCCGUGGGCGCACCAUGACCAUCGAGACAUUCCGGCCCCUAUUCAAGUUCGGCCAGCUCCGCACCCUGGAUGUGACCGUCAUGUGCAACCUGCUCCUCAGCGACCUAGAGAUCAUCGAGCUCGCGCGAGCAUUUCCCCUCCUUGAGAACCUCUCCUUGAACGCCGAAUACGGAUGGGCCAUGAACUCCGAGGGGCCCACGUCGCUCGUUACGCUCUACGGUCUCCUGAGCGUACUGAGCCUUUGUCGGCGUUUGCGCUUCCUCGGGCUCGAGAUUAGCGCGGAGACGACUGAGGAGCUCUUGCCCCCGCCGGAAGGGCUCCGACACGCGAUAUAUGCUGGCAUGCCAGUGAAUCGCUUCAUACGCACGCUCCGCGUCGGCAACGCGAAAAUCAACGAGCCCGAGGCUGUCGCAAGGCUGUUGUUCGCUGUUAUGCCGAAGCUCUACCGGAUAGUCGCGUGGAGCUCGAAGUAUUCGAGAGAGUAUGAAGACGACGCGGAGGAGUGGGAGCAGGACCUGGUGCGCUACAGAAAGCGGUGGAGUAGGACAGAGGUGAUCGUUUCUCGCCUCCGCUUGGGGCUUCCUGUGAACGUGGAUGAUGAAGAAUCUUCAGAGGAUGAGGAGAUGGGCACGGAUGUGGAUCUAAGCGACAGUGAAGGGGAAUCGGAUAGUUCAGAGGGCGACGAUAUGCAAGAAUCUGGAGACGAAGACGAAUCUGACGUAUCAGAGGACGACGACAUGGUCGGAUCUGAAGACGAGGACGACAUCAUGGAGUCUGACGACGAAGAUCUGAACGCGGAUGAGGGGUAGAUCGCGCUUGUUUUGAUGUGCAUCUCAGGAAGCACGCCGCGGAAGGUACGUCAGGCCCUUGGACACACAAUUCGCUCUUCGCCAGUACUAUGCUGCAUUCUCGAAGAC